AUGGAUUACUCGUUUGUUUCCUUUGUAAUCAAUUUAAAUCUGAUAUGGUGUAAAAAAGAAAAGUGUUGGAAGGUAACUGAAGUUAUUAACGAAUUCAAACAAACUAUCCCAUUAAUCCAACCAGUUAAAUGGAUGCUGUCAGUUGGUCAGUGGUUCACUCAAUUUUAUUCCAACUUACAACUAACAUUAAUAAGGUUAACACUGAAUUCAAUACUAGAAUUAAAGGAGCAUAAUCAAUGGUUAAAUGAUUCCUUGGGAAAAGAACAAAUGUUACCUGUGGUAAUAUUAGAACUAGCUGAAAGAAUUAUUGGUUGGAAGAAAUUAGAAGAGAUAUUCGACAAAGAGAAUAAAUUUGAUGAGCUAGAUAAAACUAUUGAGCAUUUUAAAGAAAAACUGGAAAUACUAGUAAUUAAACAUUUAACAUGUCAAUUUUUAUGGGGCACAAUUUUAGGAUUUAUUCAUUUAGCACAAGAUUUAAAAAAGGAUGCAAACCUUAAUGAAAAUAGCUUUACCUGGCUUCAACUGAUUAAAACACAACUUUUAUCUUCAAGAAGUAAUAAUCAUGUCGAUAGAGAAAUAAAACAAUUUGAAGAAAUACCAUUCAUUGGGAUUAAUCAAUUUUCAACAGUGCAUGUUUAUAAAUGGGACAAUCAAAGUCUACUAUUAAAUAAUUGUAACACACCAUAUAUACCAUUGUUAAAUACAUCUACGGAAUUAAUCCAGCUAGGAUCUGCUUUAAUCAAUCAUGAAUUUGGACUAUUGAUUGGCCCAAAUAACUGUGGUAAACAGACAACGAUUCGUCAACUUGCUUUCAUACUUGGUCGCCGUCUUAUAGAAUUCUCUAAUCUGCCUUUUAAUAAUAAUCUUAAAGAAUUUGAAAGGCAAUUAAAAAUUGAUUUGCUGCAUUGUGAUCGUAUCGGGGGUUUGCUUUCAAUGAUGAAUAUGCAUAAUCUUGAAUUCGGAAAGUUAGAAAUUGUGAUAAAUUGUUUGAAUGAAAUACAGAAAUGCCUGUCUGUGAAAACUGACAAAAGUGAAGUUACUAGCUUCACAGGAAAUAUUCAACAAACUAUUGAAGAUAUUGACAAUAAUAAACAAAAGUGUAUUAUACACUAUGCAAACAAAGAGAAAUCUUAUCCAGAACAAUGUUUAUUUAACUAUAAUGUGAAAAUCAAUCCAACUUUUGGAUAUUUUGGAACGUUCAACUUACAAAGUUUUAAAAAUAUUUCAGAAACUCAGAAAGAAUCAUUUCGUGUCAUUACUAUUCACAAUCCGAAUUGGGAAUUUAUUGCAAAAUGCCUACUUAUGUUUUAUAUACCAGGAGGAUCAAAUAAUCAAUUAAUCUCACUAUUAACUAAUUUAUUAGCACAUAUUACUGAUAAUGCUGUAAAUGUUUAUGAUCAAAAGAGUAUACGCAUCUCCUGGUCACUUAUAAUACGAUCAUUUGAAUUCGCCCAACAGUUUUGGAUGAAGAAAAUUGAUCGAAUUCAGUUAAAGCGCAAAACAGCUGCACUACGAUCAGCAAUUGUUUUAAGACAAGAAGAAGAUAGAUUAGUCAAGAAUGCAAUCAUUUAUGGAUUGAUGAAAACAUUCAGAGUGAAAUUACCAGUCAACAGUGAUGCUUUUAAAUUUAUGACAGUCAAUCCAAAUUUUGAUUGCGUUAACGAGAUUUAUUAUUCCUCCUGUGAAAAAUAUCUCUGCUUAAAUUCUGCGAUAUCAUGGAGCUGUGAGGAUGAAGAGGUUAUAAACUCUGAAAUUGAUAGAUAUCCUAAAGUGUCAUUGGAUUUUAUUCAUAGACUGUUGAAAGAGAUUCGUGUACGUAAUCUGGAAAUAAUAGACAGUCAAUUAAUAAAGAUUAUUGAAUUAUGGCAGUUGAUAAAUUUAAAUCGUCCAGUUCUAAUUAUUGGUCCUGUGGCAUCUGGUAAAACAACAAUUUUAAGAUUGCUUAUUUCUACAAUUAACUGGUAUCAGUACACGAAAAUUAAUAAGAAGAAUAACACCGAAAAAACAAUGAAUCCACUUCCAUCAUCAUUAACUAUUUCUCCUUUGAAAUUAAAUGAGCAAAAUGCCAGUAGUGUUACGGAUAAUAGUAGUGUAAUACCGUCCUGUCGGGAAAUGAAGCUGGACUUUGGCAUCCUGAAAAGCUUAAAUGAUAAUUCAAUUGAGAAUGAUUCAAAUGGAAGAAUUAUUCACAUAAGGCACUUAUUUCCAUAUUCAGAUGAAUACAUCAAUGCAACCUGUGGUAGAAAUAAGGAAAUUUGGGAAGUCACUCAGAAUGAUUCAUUCAAUAAUGUAGAAGAAUGGUCAGUGCUAGACUUCAGUGAUCAACCUUUGAAAAAGUUAACAUAUUUAAAUGAAAACAAAGUUGUACAACUACUCGAAAUAUUUCAUUCUGCACAGCCUAGGAGAAGAUUAUUCAUAGAAAAAGUCUCUUUGAAUGAAUUGUCACCCGGUUUUUUGAGUCAAUUUUCAAUUUGUUCAACUGAUGUGAAAAAUGAACUUAAUUGGUUACAUAUAUGGAGAAAUUGGUGUAGAACAAGUUAUGGAUGUUACAUGGCAAUCAAUUCUAUAUGGAGUAAAAUACUCAAAGAAUUAGAUAUUCUUUUACCGGUGUUAUUAGAUCGAACAUGGGAACUUCUCAGUCAAUGGUGUACACAUCACAGUGAUUACACUUCUAAUCCAUUAAAUCUACAAGAUUAUAAAAACGCAUUUUAUCAUCGAAAUAUGAAUAAUUUUUUAGCCAUAAUAUCUGAAUUAUUAAAGAAAUACUUCUCCAAAGAAUUAUGGGAAUGGCGUAUAACAGGAGGGAAGCCUACACCUGCUCAUCGAUCAAAUCUUGAGCUAAUUGAUCGCUACUGGUCAAAUUGGAAAAAUAUUGAAGACGUCCAGAAUUUUAUAAUUUAUUGA